AUGGAAGUAGAAAUCAAGAAUGGUUCAUCAGGUUCAUGCACCUGCCCCUUCUGUCUCUCGGGCCUCCGCAGUCCUUUUUCCAUUCCCAAAAGCAGAAACCUCAGAUUUUUUUUAAAAAAUCAGUAAAAUAUUGGAUUAAAAUUUUAAUGGAAAUCAUGGGGAAAAUGGUUUUUGUCCGCAUAAAUCAAGCAGGAGCCCUUGCUGUUUCUGCAAAAUCUGCUUUAUUUUUUCUCACAACAUGCACAACGAGAGCCACUCGUUCUGCAUUCCGGAUCUUCGUUUUUCCCAUCAUCGGCUCAACUCCCAGGACUGUUUCAUUUUGCCCGACAGACAACUACUACACUUGAUUUGCUUACUUCAGAAGCCAGUUGACUAUGUCUGAGGAUGUAGUUUGAAACACUUAUGUUUUGUCCCACACAGAAUUUCAAAUCCAUAUGUCGCCUGUGAGACAAUCUGCAAUGGAGUAUAAAGCAGCUUCUAAUGUGGAAGAUACAAGUUCUGUACAAGGAAUUCAGCAUGAUUUGUGGCCGCUUGAAGAAAUUGAUCCAAAGAAGGCAAAGUUUCCGUGUUGUUUAGUUUGGACUCCCCUGCCUGUAGUCUCAUGGUUGGCACCAUUUAUCGGACAUGUUGGCAUAUGCAGAGAAGAUGGAGCUAUUUUAGAUUUUUCAGGGUCCAAUUUUGUGAAUGUUGAUGAUUUUGCAUUUGGAGCUGUUGCUAGAUAUCUCCAACUUGACAGGGGACAGUGCUGCUUUCCUCCAAACUUAAUUGGGCAUACAUGUAAGCAUCGGUACAGGCAUGCAGAGUUUGGAACUGCAGUGACUUGGGACGAUGCCCUACGGUCAAGCAUGCAUCACUUUGAGCACAGAUCCUACAACCUCUUCACUUGCAACUGCCACUCGUUCAUUGCCAAUUGUCUGAAUCGGCAGUGUUACGGUGGAUCAAUGGGUUGGAACAUGGUCAAUGUGGCUGCUCUUGUACUCUUCCGUGGCCAUUGGGUUGAUUUCAUGUCAGCCUUGAGAUCGUUUCUUCCCUUCACAGUGGUGCUCUGCAUGGGUCUUUUUAUGGCUGGGUGGCCAUUCUUGAUUGGACUCCUGUCCUUCUCUCUCCUCUUGUUGGGUUGGUUUUUGAUGGGAACUUACUGUUUCAAAACGUUACUGGAAUGUUAAGACUUUUGUUUCAUCAAAUGCUGAAGCUUGUUUGAUUGAAUGCUGGAAUGGACUAUCCUCCCUUUAUAUAUUUUGUCAUACUUCAUAUGGAGUUGCUGUGGAUUUCUUGGGAAGGAGAUGGGCGGAUGCCUAAGAUUUUUGAAGUGAAUCAAUUGAAGAACUGAGCUGAUGAUGGUUGUUGUGUUAGACUCGAAGUUGUGCAUAUGUUUGCUUUUCCAAAUCUUCUCCUCUGGUAUGUAGCCACCAUUAAAGUCAGCUUGGCAUUUUGGAAUGUCAAUCGAGCAUCAGGAUAUCAGAUUUGGAGACAGAAGUCGGGACCAAUGGUAUUGAACCAGGCACUGAGCUGACCAAUUGUUCAUCUUGCUGCUUCCGAAAUGGAAGCUUUACCAAGUUUCCAUGGGUUCAUGGGAUGAAAUAGAAUAGGAACAGAAUGGUAAUUGUAUAACAUGAUUAGCACUAUAAUAAUGAGUGUUCAUUACAAAAUAAAUGACUACAUAAUAAUUUUUUAUUAA